AUGGCGGACUCGGUGCAACAGGACGCCUGGGGCUAUGCUCAUGGCUUUGCCCCGGCCUGUGGCAGCUGGAGCGGGAGUUUGGGCACAGUUCGUGGAGACCUCAAAGGAGAGACUCCUCCGGGCGGGUGGAUAGAUUCCCCAGCGCCCCUGGCCAUGGCACCGCAGGGACGACUUCUCAUCCGCGGGGGUCGCGUGGCUGCUUUGGCUGGCGGUACCACCAUGAUCAUCGACUUCGCCAUUCCGAAGAAAGGCAGCUCCCUCAUCGAGGCCUUUGAGACCUGGCGCAGCUGGGCGGACCCCAAAGUCUGCUGUGACUAUAGCCUGCACGUGGCAGUGACGUGGUGGAGUGACAAGGUAAAAGAAGAAAUGAAAACCCUUGCCCAAGAUAAAGGAGUUAACUCUUUCAAGAUGUUUAUGGCCUACAAAGAUCUAUACAUGGUGCACGACGAGCAGAUGUACUCAGCUUUCUCUCAGUGCAAGGAGAUUGGAGCCGUUGCUCAGGUGCACGCCGAAAACGGAGACCUGAUCGCAGAGCCUAUGCCCAACAUUCAGAUACAGCGAAAGGUGGUCUAUGGAGAACCGAUUGCGGCGGGUCUUGGCACUGAUGGCACACACCACUGGAGUAAAGACUGGCACCAUGCGGCCCACCACGUAAUGGGCCCUCCGCUGAGACCUGAUCCUUCAACACCGGGCUUCCUCAUGAAUCUGUUGGCUAAUGGCGAUCUCACCACAACAGGGAGUGACAACUGCACUUUCAACACCUGUCAAAAGGCUCUGGGGAAAGACGACUUCACUAAGAUUCCCAAUGGGGUGAACGGUGUUGAGGACCGGAUGUCGGUGAUAUGGGAAAAGGGCGUGUACAGUGGGAAAAUGGAUGAAAACAGAUUUGUGGCAGUUACCAGCACAAAUGCAGCCAAAAUCUUUAAUCUCUAUCCAAGAAAAGGAAGGAUAGCUAUUGGCUCAGAUGCUGACAUUGUGAUCUGGGACCCAGAAGCCACGAGGAGGAUCUCAGCCAAAACUCACCAUCAGGCCGUUAACUUCAACAUCUUCGAGGGCAUGGUUUGCCACGGGGUGCCCCUGGUGACGAUUUCAAGAGGCAGAGUGGUGUAUGAAGCAGGAGUUUACAACGUCGCAGCAGGAGAUGGGAAGUUUAUUCCCCGCAAACCGUUUGCUGAAUACAUCUACAACCGAAUCAAGCAGCGAGACCAGACCUGCACACCUACCCCGGUGCAGCGUGCACCCUACAAGGGAGAAGUCUUCAAAGUGAAAUCCAGAGAGACGGAAGAGGAUGACAGAGCUGGGACUAGGGUGCAGGGCCACUCUUGA